CUAGAGACAGCGGAGCUUAAUGUCUGAUAAUUUCGCUAUACAAAGAGUACCAUCACACAGUCUCUCCUCUUUGCGCCUGAUUGACUUUUGGUUGUAUACAUCACCGCUGUAAAGUCCCUUCUCAUCUCUCCCCUCACUUGUUUCGUCAUCACCGGAACUUGGGACCUCAAACACCAGCAAAGUGUGACACCAGACACCAUGGCAUCGAGGCGAAUUCUAUCAACAGAGAAAGGUGUUCUCGAUGUCGAUCAGAACGGCAAUGCGGCUUCAACGCCUUCGAAUGAGAAGUCUGAUAUCUCGCCCGCCGUGCCUGCCUCAGUGAUAUAUAAGUUGCUGGCUGCUACGCUCGCAAUGGUUAUAUUACCUCUCGGUACAUACUUUGCAACGGUAAACACUAUUUUCAAAGGCAAUGCCACUUUUGCGGGAGCAACCGCCGCGGUCAUGGCAAACGUGGUUCUGAUUGGUUACAUCAUUGCUGCCGUGAAAGAGGAUGAGUCGGAACGGGUAGACGCAGAUAAGAAGUCGAAGAAGUCAGAAUGAGGUUGUAUUAUGACUUCAGUCGGAUUUAAACUUCGUACGGCCAGCGGUUCUGAAAUCACCAGCUAGACAGACAAAUCGGCUUACAGUUAGGUCGGAAGUGAUCGUUACCUGAUCGGAAGUGUGGAAGUGACUUCCGUAUGUCUCUAUACUCAUCGCUCUCCGAUCAAGCCGUAAUCAGGUUAGGACGAUGAAACGGAAAAGAUUACCUUGAGCAGCGUGGCGCGCAAAUUUCGUAAUAUGUAGUUUGUGACAUCCAGCUUUCGGCUUCGCCGAGACAGGAUGCUGUAGAUAUUAUACAAGAUGUGAAGGGUCCCGCCCACCCGUUCACCCCGCAGCCAAAUUUCUGCAGUCCCCUAUAU